UGUGAGUCAAGUUUUCAAAGAGAACCCACUCUUAAGUUGAAAUUGCCUAAAAUGGAGUGCUGUAAGUGGAGAUCGUUUAGGAGCAGUGUGUUCAACUAGGAUGGUGUAUGGUAGAUACUCUACUGAUCUCCCCGAUCAAGAACCUUCAGAAUGAGGCCAGAUGAUAGAGACGGUCAAGGCUGGGAGGCAAAACCACGCUGUGAAGAGAACUAGAUGUGAAGAGAACUUGGGGGAGUGUGUUCACAAGAAGGACAAUCAACACCUUGGAUUGAGAGGCUAGGGAGAAAUCUUGGAAAGGAGUUCAAAAGAGGCUCCUGAGAACAAAGCCGAAGUGAUAUGUACUUGGUCCGCCAUGUGCAGCACCAGCGUGUGUGACCUGGAAGAUGUCCCCCUGGAUGAUGAUGACCCAGACAGCAUAGAAUUCAAAAUCCUGGCAUUCUAUGCCAGACACCAUGUCUUCAAGAGCUCCCCUGCUGUCAACUCACCCAAGAUGCUGAGAAAAAGCUUGUCCCUGCAGCAGGGCGGGGGUUGGCCCGUCGAGUCAUGGACACAGGUGUCCCGGCCUUGCAGAGAUUCCUCAUCCAGCGAGAAGCACAUCAACCUGAGCAAGAAAAAGUAUUCUCUGAGAGCACUGUUUGGAGUAACGGAGAAGGAGGAAGAGCCACAGAGCUCACCAAGGGAGAUCCGUCUUCAGGGCUCAAGACCAGCAGAAUGUCAGGGCCAUAUGCACAGUCAGCAGUGGUCCAGGUCCCUUUCCACUGUGGCACAGCGCCGGGGGAAUGAAGCUGUGGACCCCAAAAUUGUUUCCAUUGCCAACCGAGUGGCUGAGAUUGUGUACUCCUGGCCACCACUAGAGGUCCAGGGAAGACGCUUCAAGAUCAAGGGUAAUUUUACAUCACAGAGUUUCCAAUUCCAGUUGGAAGGCUUAGAACAUAGAGGUGCAACUUCUAAGAAAGAUGGAGAAGACCCAGUAAUCGCCAAAAUUGUUGAGCUGCUGAAAUAUUCAGGGGAUCAGUUGGAAAUAGAGUUGAAGAAAGACAAGGACUUGAUGAGCAGCUUCCAGGAUGGGCUGUCCUACCCUGUUUUCAAGACCAUCACAGACCAGUUCCUAAAGGGUGUGGACACCAGAGGAGAAUCCGAAGUCAAAGCUCAGGGCUUCAAAGCUGCCCUUGCCAUAGAUGCCAUGGCCAAGCUCACAGCCAUUGACAACCACCCAAUGAACAGGGUGCUGGGCUUUGGAGCCAAGUACCUAAUAGAGAACUUCUCACCCUGGGUCCAGCAACAUGGUGGAUGGGAAAAAAUACUCGGGAUAUCACUUGAAGAAGUAGACUGAGAUAUCAUCUGGAAUACACACUGUCCAGUGAUAAUUCUGUGUACUUGUGUCUCAGCACAGACUGUGGGGGAAAGGCAAAGGUGCGAGGCAGAUGGAGCACCAAGGCUGCUAUUGCUGUGUCUCAAGAGGCAUCAGAAGCCUUGCUUUUUUCCAGCUCGCGGGACAUACUAGCAUCGUUUUAACACUGAUGUUUUCAGGUCCUCCACGGAGUGCGUGAGGAAAUCUAGGAAGAUUAGCAGCAAUUUUGCUUUUAAAUGUUCAGAAUGGAAACCAUCCUCCUGCCUUUGUUAGCAACGUUAGAGGAAGUAUUACCGAUGUCUGUUGACCUCAUGAGGGUGAAAUGAUAAACUGAGCCUGUGCUUUCUUUUUUAGUUUCUAGGACUAUUUUUUUUUAAAUACACUUCAGAUGGCCUAAUAGAGACAUUGUUUCCAGCCUACCUUUAGGAAGAUAUUAUUCUUCGUGUUAGUAGGCAGAGCCUAAAGAAAGCUCUGAAGUUUACUGCUAUAUCUACUUGUUUGGGAAGUUACAGUGUGUCUACCUUUUUGACCCAUUUCUUUGUUCAUAGUUUGAAAAACUUCCAUUUGGUACAAAACCAUGACUCCCAUCACCUUCAUUUUUCUUCUGCAUGACUCAUGGCUUCACAAGGUCUCUGGAACUUUAUUGUUUUCUGUGGUGGUAUAACAAUGGGUAGCUGGUAAAAUAAAUACAUCGAAAAACUCCUGUUAAGACAGUGGUUUUCUGGUUAAAAUGAAUAGUAGGUAAUAGUACUAGGGUUUCUCCAGGGAUUAAUUUACAUAAAGUACUCAGAACAGCUCUUGGUACUUAGUGUUAAGUGACUACUGAGUACCCUUGUAUGUGCUGCCCUCAGCUAGGGUGAAAGAUUUAUCUUCCUUCAAAGUAGUUAUUGAAAUUGAUACUGUUCAGAAUGAGGUUUUAGUAAGUAAAAUACAUUCUACAGUGUUUAAGACCCAUUUAAAAAAAACUAUCAACUUACAGAUUCACACAUUUCUGGGUUUCUAGCAUCCAGCAUGUGGCCCAACAUAGAACAGGUGCUUAAUAAACCUUUGAUGAACAAAUAAAUGAAUAAGUCAAUCAGACAUACUUUCAGGCUCAAGGAAACUUGGACCUAUCAUAAAAUGCUUCAUUGGCCUACCUAUCCCAAUGGAUUACUUUUUUUCCCCCACAUGAAAGCCAUAAAUGUUAGAGGUAGAGUCUGCUUACAGAUGGAGAAGACCCCUCCCCUUCCCGCUCUGAUCCAACCAUUCCAAGUUAUUUGGAGUUCCCAAAAGUAUUCUCUUUCCUUGGAACGUUCUUGCCUGCCAGCCUCCUUUUCCCCUAUUCCCACUAAUCCAACUAACUCUAGCCCAUCUUUCCAAAUUGACUCCUUCAUUUCCACGAUGAAUCAUUUACUAACUUUCCCUUGGCCAUCAUGGGGCUAUAUUUGGAUGCGUUUCCCUGUAAGGAUGUUCCAAAAGACCCUGUAUAUAAGCAUUAUACUUAAUGCACAGUACCAUAAAAACUGAUUUACCUAGUCUUUCCUAAUGCUUUGUAUGCUCUUUUGUAAGCAAGUAUUAUAUCUAGUUUAACUUUGUAUCUCUACUGCCAGGCAUAUUUCUGGCACACAAUUGCAGAGCCAUACCCUAGCCUCACUGCUAUAGCCUGUAAAUCAAUGUGACUGGAGUAUGGUCCAAGAAACACGUAGUCAUAACAAGCUCCCCAAGUGCUUCCAAAAUCAUCUGCAGCUUCUAGUCAAGAUGGAGUGCCAGGAACUGGAUUUAAUAUCCUUGAAACCACUAAGCAAGACAAAAUAAAUGAAACAAGUUUCAAGCAUUCAAUAUUAGGGAAGGAAGAACUGGUCCUGCACAAAUGAGGAAAGAAGUGAGCCCAUGAUUGCUCUAGAGUAUUGCAUGUACAGAAUUUCCAGGCCUGCUGGAGAGAGGACACCCACACAGGGCUCAGUAGUCUUCCUGAGUAGAGUAGAUGAAACUGAAGGUCCAAGAAAGCCACAGCAACCAAGAUGAGCAGGAACAACAGAAAAGAGUGGCACAUGAAGCUCCGGAGAUCUGCAAACAGGUCCUCAGGGCUUCAGAUGCAUACUGAGCAACAAAUGCAUAUGAUGAAAUGAAGGAAGGCUUGGAAAGAACCACCUGAAAAUAUUACAAGGAACAUUCUCCAGAGCUUACACAACACCAGGAGUAGUGCCUACUUUAGCAAUAGGUUGAAUACUCAACAAUUUCUCCUUAGAAAUGGGGAUAAAACUAGUCCUGGACUAAAUAAAUUCUUCUGGUCUUGCUCAGCAGAGAUUAAUAUCCCAAACUGAAAGUACUAAAUUUACCAAGUCAUUCAUUUCUGCUCCAGACCAAACUCAGUAAGUGUUUUAGGAUCACCAAAAUAUCUAGUAC